AUGGUGGUGCCCUAUCUCCCUGAAUACGAGGGACAUGACCCGCAAAGCAAAUUGACUCCUGCGGUUGCUCCCUUCGCUGGACGACUGGGAGGGAAUCAGGAUUUUGUAGUCGAUCGCAGUGAUCCGCGCAAUGAGAAGGUCCUGGAGAAGGUGCCGGACGCGGCGCCCUGGAUGUCGUUGAGCGAAAUCUUGGACCUGCGUGGAUUUUUGAGUUUGGAUCUGUGGAAGUUUGCCUGUCUGGAAUGCAUUGGUGCGUUUUUGAAUCUUAUCUUGGACCCUUGCAGUAGUGAACGUUCAACUAAUUUGGGUCCCCCCCUGCCAGCCAGUAUGAUGAACGUCUUUAUCUCCGCAUGGGUCACCCUGCACGCUCCCGCCGCCGUCGAAGCCCCCAAAACCGAAGUUGGCAUCUACCACACGCUGACCUUCUUUUCGCCCCUGUUCGGCGGGAUCACCAAUCUCCUGCUGACGCCGUUGCUCAUUUAUACCUUUGCGCCGUCGAGCGGCGGCCACAUUAGUCCCACCAUCACUCUCGCCACGCUGUUCGCGCGGAUCAUCUCGCUCCCUCGGGCCAUCUUAUAUAUGGCAGGCCAGACCCUUGGGGGCGCGCUAGCGGGAUUCGCCAUUCACACGGCCUACGGAUCCCGGGAUUUCACCGUCGGAGGUUGCCAUGUGGACACCUCCCUAGUGCCGGUGAACGCCGCCCUCAUUAUCGAGUUCUUCGCCUGCUUAGUGUUGAUCUUCCUCGCGUUCGGCGUGGCCCUGGAUCCCCGUCAAGCGAAGAUCUUCGGGCAUGCCGCGGGGCCUUGGUUGGUUGGUGUCGUCCUGGGAGUGGUCUGUUGGGCGACGGCCUUCACGCGGCCGGGGUAUAUUGGAGCCAGUCUCAAUCCCGCCCGUUGCUUUGGCGUUUAUGUCGCAUCGGAGUUCCCCGGCUAUCAUUGGGUGCACUGGGUGGCGCCUCUCGCUGCGGCCGUAGCCCAUGGUCUUGUAUAUCUCAUUGAUCCUCUCUGGAGUGAUCCCCGAUAA